AUGACUACAGCUCUCGGAGUCGUUGCCGACACAGUGAGCCUUUGGACUUUCGCUGCGGGCAUAUUUGGAGGGCAACAACGCGAUAAGACAGUGGUCAGAGUCGCAGCAGCCUUGAAUGGUGGAAGUGGCUACACUUCCGACGGUGAUGGUGACGUUGGAGCCAUUCGGUUGUACAGCGAAUCCCAGCAGCUCAUUGGCAAUACGGCAGGUAACUAUGUGGGCUCUGGGAAUUAUAAGGACUUCUCCAUCAACCAGGCAGACAACAAGCAGGCUCCUUACGUGCAAGUCGCCGCAGGCACUAAUGCCAUCUGUAUUCCCUACGUUAGCACUACCUGGGCCGAUGGGAACAAAUAUGCCUGGGUGGGUGAUUUCGGCGCUGUUUGCGGCCUAGACUGGUACUAUGGCAAUCUCUAUGUUGCAGCCAGCAAAGCGAAGCCUAGAUGCACAUGGAUCGACUCGGACCAUAACAGUGGCCUCAAAGCCGGCAUGCUCUUCAUACACUUCCCCAGCUUCCAAGAUACUUCAGACCACGGAACCAAUGCGCACGACUACUGCCACUUCCCCUCCUUCCGCGCGUACACCAACGCCAAUGGCGGCGGCAACUCGAUCUUCUCACGAGACACGCUUGAUGCAUCGGCGCAGAAUGUCAAACGUGCUGUUGACAGCCGCAUCGUUGUGACCGCAGAUCCAGGCCAUAACGCGACUGAGCUAUGCGCGAGUGGAACUUCUAGGGGACCAGAUCUCGUCUCGCUAUACGAGAACGUGUACUGCGAUAUGGACACGCGCCGCACACUUCCGGUCUGCGGAGACGGUAUCGUUACGGAUUGCUUCGACGUUGAAACCAAACAAGAGCUUAUGCGGAGUGGGAAGAGGAGCCAGAAGGAAUUCUCGGAUGUGAUCACGUGGGAUUGA